CGUGUGUCCAGCUUGUAUUUGGUCAUCGGCUCACUAUCCAUUCAACUGGUAUGAAGUUGCUGGAGUUGAUAUGACUGCUGCUGCGGCUAGUAAAUCCGACUCAAUCAAAAUUAAGCUCUCAUCUGUCGAAUCAUCAAAGUGUGAAUCCGAUCUACUGAAGAGUGGUUCCCUUCCGUACGGCACCCGUCACGACCAGUUUUGCGCUUCUAGUGCCAAUAGCUGUUAUCAAAACCACGGUGGACCGAUUCAAAUUCCGCUAUUCACGUAUCAACAUGUAGCCCCAUUCUUAGUCGGAGUUAAGUCGUUUGGAGAAUCUUGCGAUGGGGUUUAUCAGCGUAUUGCUCCACAUGUUGGCUGGAUCGAGACUGUUGUAGGGGACAGCCUCAAUCAAACAGUUUGUGUUAACAAAUACAAGCAAUGCUUUGAACCUGCUCAGAUGGACGAUGAAACUGAAGCUGUAGAUCCAUAUUUCAGUCGAGUUUAUCUACACUGGGAAGAUCCCAAGACCGACAAUUUGUGUGGUGGAACCUUGGUUGAUUACAACACAGUACUCACUUCCGCCCACUGUACCUUCAACAGCCGUGGUGAAUCCCCAACAAAGGUGUCUAUAGUGAACCAUCAAGCUGGAAUUACGGAAAUUGAAAGACAUCCCGAUUUUAAACAAGGAUCAUUGUACAACGAUGUCGCGCUGAUUCGACUGGACAAAUACGUGAGGAUUGCCAAGUGGAUUGCUCCCGUCUGUUUGCCAUACGUCGAAGCUCUGGAAGGCCACGAUACUACUCCGGAAACCUUUUCCUGUCGGGUUCCCAAAGAUGGAUUUAACGACAAAUUGCAAAUCUACAUUCCCUCGAAAUCCCGUUGCUCCAGUAACGACACCGUUUACGAUGAGGAAUAUAUGGCCCGUUUUCCGGAGGGUCUUGGCAAACGGCUUAGCUGCUUCGGCACCGAGUACCGUCUGGUUCCCGGACUUGGAGAGAUUGACGCGGGUGGACCGCUGCUCAGCCGUGAUGAAACCAUUAUUUUCGGAGUGAACGCCUACGCCACCCAUUGUGGUUCGUUCAAACCGCUCAUUACGACGGACGUUGCUCCGUUGAUACCGUGGAUUGAGAAGUUUGUGUUGAGGAAGUAAAGAAAAUAAUUUUAAAAAUGUUUCUGACAUAUUCAAAUAUCCAAAUAACAUUCAAA